UUCCCCUCACGUGCAUGAUGGAAACACCAUGGCUGCGGCAGCCCAGCUCUCCCUGACCCAGUUAUCAAGUGGGAAUCCUGUAUAAGAAAAAUACUAUAGACAGGUUGAUACAGGCAAUACUGGAAGGGUGCUGGCUUCAGAUGCUGCUGCUUUUCUGAAAAAGUCAGGGCUUCCAGACUUGAUACUUGGAAAGAUUUCGGAUUUAGCUGACACAGGCAAAGGCAUCCUGAACAAACAAGAAUUCUUUGUGGCUUUGCAUCUUGUAGCAUGUGCCCAGAAUGGAUUGGAGGUUUCACUGAAGCUUGACUUGGCUGUUCCUCUACCAAGAUUUCAUGAUACCAUUAGUCCUUUACUAACCAGCGGAACCCCUGCAGCUGAGCUUCCAUGGGCUUUUAAAAGUGAAGAUAAAGCCAAAUAUGAUGUAAUUUUUGAUAGUUUAAGUCCAGUGGAUGGAUUUUUGUCUGGUGAUAAAGUGAAUCCAGUGUUGCUCAACUCUAAGUUACCUGUGGAAAUCCUUGGAAGAGUUUGGGAAUUGAGUGAUAUUGACCAUGAUGGAAAGCUUGACAGAGAUGAGCUUGCAGUUGCCAUGUUUUUGGUAUACUCUGUAUUGGAGAAGGAACCCGUGCCAAUGGCCUUGCUUCCAGCCUUGUUGCCACCUUCUAAGAGAAAAACGUGGGUUGUAUCCCCUGCAGAAAAAGCUAAGUAUGAUGAACUCUUCCUGAAAACUGAAGAUAUGGAUGGAUUUGUAUCAGGAUUGGAGGCCCAUGAAAUUUUCCUGAAAACAGGCUUACCAUCCACCUUACUGGCCCAUAUUUGGGCAUUAUGUGACACAAAGAACUGUGGGAAACUUUCAAAGGAUCAGUUUCUUGCCUUGGCUUUCUACUUAAUCAAUCAAAAGUUAGUAAAGGGCAUUGAUCCUCCUCACAUUCUUAAUCCUGAGAUGAUUCCACCAUCAGACAGGACCAGUUUGCAAAAAAACCUCAUAGGAUCAAGUCCUGUUGCAGAUUUCUCUGCUAUUAAGGAGCUAGAUACACUUAACAAUGAAAUAGUUGACCUGCAGAGGGAAAAGAAUAAUGUGGAACAGGACCUUAAGGAGAAAGAAGAUAUUAUUAAACAGAGGACAAGUGAGGUUCAGGAUCUUCAAGAUGAAGUUCAAAGGGAAAAUAUUAAUCUACAAAAACUACAGGCUCAAAAGUAGCAAGUACAGGAAAUCCUUGAUGAACUGGAUGAGCAGAAAGCUCAGUUGGAGGAGCAACUCAAGGAAGUCAGAAAGAAAUGUGCUGAGGAGGCCCAGCUGAUCUUUUCUCUAAAAGCAGAAAUAACUAAUCAGGAAUCACAGAUCUCCACUUAUGAAGAAGAAUUGGCCAAAGCUAGAGAAGAGCUAAGUCGCCUGCAACAAGAAACAGCAGAAUUGGAGGAGAGUGUGGAGUCAGGGAAGGCUCAGCUGGAACCUCUUCAACAGCACCUACAAGAUUCACAGCAGGAGAUCAGUUCAAUGCAAAUGAGACUCAUGGAAAUGAAAGAGCUGGAAAAUCAUAAUAAUCAGUCAAAUUGGUGCAGUAGUCCACACAGCAUUCUUGUAAAUGGUGCUACAGAUUAUUGCAGCCUCAGUACGAGCAGCAGUGAAACAGCCAACCUUAAUGAACAGGUUGAAGGCUAGAACAACCUGGAGUCCAAUCCCAUACAUCAGGAGUCUCCUGCAAGAAGUAGUCCUGAAAUAUCACCUGAUGUGAUUGAUGAAAAUGAAGUGGUAACUGCAUCUGUUAAUGAAAAAGUUUGUCCUGAAUUUGACAAUGAGAAACAUGCAAAAGAGGAAGAUCCAUUUAAAUCAGAAUCAAGUUCACUGACAGGUCCAGUUGCAGAUACAAACUCGGAUUUUUUCCAAUCUGAUCCUUUUGUUGGCAGUGAUCCUUUCAAGGAUGAUCCUUUUGGGAAAAUUGAUCCAUUUGGUGGUGAUCCUUUCAAAGGUUCAGAUCCAUUUGCAUCUGACUCUUUCUUCAAGCAGUCUUCUACUGAUCCUUUUGCCACUUUAAGUAAUGACGCUUUUAGUGCAUCCAGCCAGAGCAAUAAUACAUCAGUAGAAACAUUGAAGCACAAUGAUCCUUUUGCUCCUGGUGGGACAAUUGUUAUUGCAGCAAGUGAUUCAGCCCCAGACCCCUUUGCUUCUGUUUUUGGAAAUGAAUCAUUUGAAGAUGGAUUUGCUGACUGCAGCACAUUGUCAAAGGCGAACAAUGAAGAUCCUUUUAACUCAGCCACAUCAAGCUCUGUCAACAAUGUGGUCACUCCAAAAAAUGUGUUUGAUGAAACAUCCAUCAAGAGUGAAGAUGUACCCCCAGCACUGCCACCUAAGACGGGAACUCCAACAAGACCCUGCCCACCAUCACCUGGGAAAAGACCCAUCAACAAAUUGGAUUCUUCUGAUCCCUUUAAAGUGAAUGAUCCAUUUCAGCCUUUCCCAGGCAAUAAUAGCCCCAAAGAAAAAGAUCCUGAUAUGUAUUGGGAUCCAUUCACUUCUUCUUCUACUUGCACUACCAAUAAAGAGGGUGACCUAAGCAAUUUUGCUAACUUCAGUGCUUAUCCCUCUGAAGAAGAUAUGAUUGAAUGGGCCAAGAGGGAGAGUGAGAGAGAGGAAGAACAAAGGCUUGCCCGACUGAAUCAGCAAGAACAAGAAGACCUAGAACUGGCUAUUGCACUCAGCAAAUCUGAGAUAUCAGAAGCAUGAAGAAUUUUCUUGUCCUUUGUCUACAAUACUCUUCUUCCUAAAUAUUGAUGCUAUUUACCAUGUAUAUCAAAACUACCUGUGAGCAUGGGAAUACAAAAGGUUUGAGAUUCCUGUAAAUGUAACAAAAGUCUAGGUUUUUUCUUUUGUACUCUCAGAUUUGAC